AUGCCACUCGGGAUACAGCGCCUUAACGCAAAGCGAUCGCAGCCGAAUGAGUGCAUCGUUUUCAUCAAACCGUUGAAGGGGCCGGGAGAAGGAAUUGCGCAAGAUUUCCUGGAGAGAAUUGCGGCGCAAUGUUUGCCUGUCAUGCGGGAACACCGCCUCUCGGUCAUGUCGUUGGAGGAGUACGAGCCAAAUCCCGAGUUUGUCGGCCGCAACUUCAAUGCCGGCGAGGUUAUUCAGUUGGUGCUCAAGGCCCGGUCUGGUCAUUGGUUGCCCUUCAACUAUGUGCAAAUGGUCAUGAUGCAUGAGCUGGCUCAUUGUAAACAGAUGAACCACUCACGCGCCUUCUGGGCCGUCAGGAACCAGUAUGCGGAGCAAAUGAGGGGGCUGUGGUCUCGCGGCUUUACCGGAGAAGGCCUCUGGGGGAGAGGCGCGGUUCUAGCUACCGGAGAGUUUGAGAAGAAUAUGGUUGAUCCCGGCGAACUAUUGCCAGAGCACCUCUGCGGCGGCACGUACCGCUCGCGAGACAGAAAACGGAAGGCCAAAAAGACCCUCACUUACAAAGAGCAAAAAGAACGCCGCAUCCUCAAAAAGUUCGGAGCAAAUGGUGUUGCUCUCGGCGACGAUGCCGAGACCAAGCAGAAGUUGGAGAAGGGCAGGAAGAUAGCGGCCAAACCACGAGUGGCGGGGAGUGCAAGAGGGAGGGAAUUAAGGGCUGCGGCAGCUCUCGCUCGGUUCGACCAACACAAAAAGGAAGAGCCGAAAGAAGAAGAGGGAUCCGAAACAGAGAGUGGCGACGACUAUGAAGACGACACAAUAUCCGGCCCGGACGCCGUUGAUCUCGACGGCACGAAACUUGUCGAUUCAAAGGGGAGAGGGAUGAUCAAGAUCUGCGAAGACGAGAACCCCGAUGAUCAAGAUGCACAAGACGAGUUACGGGAGCUGCGGAGUUUCGGAUCGAGGAAGCCGGCCGUCAAAACGAUCGACCUGACCCAGGAUAAGAACCUGGGUAAACCGAUCGCGAAGCCGGCAGCAAGCAAGUCAGAUACGGCCAGCGAUCCAAAACCCCCAAACCCGAAACCGAAGCCGCCAGCACCACAACAAACCCGGCCUCCCGCUCUGAGCUCUCGGGAUUCGAGCACGUGUUCGGUGUGCACGUUCGUCAACGAGCCAGCGGCAACCACCUGUGCCAUGUGCGCCAACACACUCGGGCCAGGAGGGAGGUUGGGUGUAUGGGCAUGCCAGAGCAAGACAUGUAUAUCGGAGGCUCGAUGUCCGCCCCACGGUGCCAACCAUCUCCAUCUUUCGUCAUCGCAGGGUGAUGCACAUGAAAUCCCCGGCUCCUCGUGUGAUGCCAUCGCUGACUGGGCUUCGAGACCGAUGGAGAAUCUGACAUUCCCUGUAUCCGACGGCAAGUCACUGCGAGUCGUUUGUCUUCUUCUCAGGGGUUAUCACCUUAUCCCCCGAACCAACCAAUCAGCAGCACCAGGUUCUCUCCCUCGCUUGUUUCAGAAGCUGCCCGCAUCCCCUCCUUGA